UCUAAUAUCACAUCAAGAGAGAAUAACAAAUGUCGUUGGUGAAUUAAACAGCACCGUUUCACUGACUUUUGAGAUUUAAAUAACAGAUAAAAGAUAGAGAAUGGUUUUUAAUAUUUUGCAAUUCCAUUCGGAAGUAGCAGAGCUGGAAUAUUGGAAAAAUCUAGCUCAUGAGAGGGGUGAGGCAUUAGAGGAAUUGAAAGAGGAAAAUAAAGAUCUGCUCUCAUCUGUAAGCGCUGUCGAAAGACGAUACAACGAUGCCAAGGAGUCGCUUUCUGAAGUCCUGAGAACGUCUGAUACUUUGAAGGAAAAUUUGAACAGAAUGGAAGGUCGAUUGGAGAACCUGCAGACCAGAAUGGACCAGAUUGAGAUCAAGAAGAAUACUGAGUAUCGUGAUAUACACAAGAAAAUCAACAAGUUGCAGAAGGAUGUCAUCAUGUUGGAGAGGAGUGUGAAGUCACGAGAGAAAAAACCUUGGAAGUGAGAGCUGUUAGAUAUCACCAGGAGCGCCGGACAUUCGAUCGGAGAAAAAUCAAUGUUCAGCAGACAGUGAUAAUUUAUUAAUUUUUAUUAUAAAAAUGUUACUCUGAGAUUCCAAAUAAUGUACCACUGUAAUUUUAUAUUUAACGUGUGCUAUCGCUGGAACGUAGCCGGACUAACAACAUAUUAUUUAAUAUAAAAAAACUGUUCAAAAACCCUUACAGUAAUUUUGCAUUAAGAAAAAUAUCCGAGAGCAAUAACCAAGACAAUAAAUUUAAGGAAACAUUACACACGUAUGAAGAUUAUGUCAUUAUAAUUAUUUUCAAAUAGAAAGUUUUGUAUUUUUGAAGGAACAAAUUAGA